AAUGGGUGAGUGCAUCAGUAAGUAUCAGUGUAUGUGUGUGAGUGUGUAGCUGGGAGUGUGCAAGGGGAGGGGUUGAGUGUGCGACACUAUGAAUGAGCAGAGGAAUAAGUGGAGGUGCAUCGGGGGCAGUGAGUCUCCUCCUCUCUCAGCUCCAGGCUACAGUACCGACUGAAUUACAUGAGACUCAGCUCAGUGACUGCUCCUCUCACACAUCUGCCCUGGGGCCCCGGGUACCUGCUGCACAUCUGGGGCUGAUCCUGCUGGAAAUACAGAGACCCCCAAACCUUCUGCAUAUCACAGCUCUCCUCAUCCUCCUCUUCCCAAGCAUUCACUGGACUCAUGGCUGGAGCCUUCAUGUCCCUGGCAUUCUUCUUAGCCCUGGCCUCUGGGAAUCGGAUCAGGGAAGUGCCCCCACCCUCCCACCAACACUAUGGAGCAGACAGACUGAUGUGGGAGCCCCAGUGCCAGUAUCAGCUACGCCACCUGCAGGAUGGGGCCCGCAUUACAGCUCUGCUGCCCCCCAAUAUUGAAGGACACUGGAUCUCUACCGGAUGUGAGGUGCGCCCAGGGCCCGAGUUCCUCAUCAGAUCUUACACGUUUUACCCUGAACGUAUUUUCAAGGCCCUCCAGUUCUAUUACCAGGACCCUCAGUGUGGGGAACCCUCCUAUUCACUAGUGAUCAAAGGGAAAGUGCGGCUGCGCCAGGCUUCCUGGAUAACACGGGGGGCCAUGGAGGCGGAUUACCUGCUACACAAGGUGGGAGUUGUGUUUCACAGCCCAGAGGUGAUGAGCACUGUACGAGCCCAAAUGAACAGGACCUGUGCUGGAUUUGUAUCCACGGGUAGGACCUGGGCUCCGGGCAGAGUGUAUGAGCUUCUGAGUGCCAAGUUGGGCCGGGACUGCACCUCUGCCAUUGGAUUUACUAUGCAUGAACUGAGCCUGCUGAGGCUGGAGAAACAGUACAACGCUCAGCACAUGGGGGCGCUAGUGGAGAAGCUUUUCCUGGGGGACAUUCAUACUGAGAAGUCUGAGAGGAUCCAUUACCGGCCCACCGGCUACCAGCAGCAGCCCCUACAGAGUGCUCUGCACCACAUGCACCCGUGUCCCGCCUGCAUGGAAAUAUACAGGGCAGAUGAGCACCGCCCUCCCAUCCUUCCAAAGACUCCUCAUCCUCCGGGGCAUCUCAUUGGGAAAUGGGUGAGUGGCCAGUGUGAGGUGCGUCCCGCUGUACUUUUUCUCACACGAUACUUGACGUUCCACGGAGACAACCGCACAUGGGAAGGCUUUUACUAUCACUAUGCCGACCCUCUCUGCAAGCAGCCCACGUUCACCCUCUACGCUUCAGGCCAUUACACCAAAGGGUUCCGCUCGGAGCACGUGAAAGGUGGGACAGAAAUGGUCUUCCAAGUGAACCGGGCUCGGGUCAUACCGCUGAGUCAUGCCACGGUUCAGAUGCUGAAUAUCUCGAGGCCGGGGAGCUGUGGGGAGGCUGGAAAUUGGGUUUUAGGGGAAGAACAAGAUAUUACAGAGACGGGGGGCUGUGAGGCGUUGGGUAUCAACCUUCCACAUAUGGAAUAUGAACUAUUCAGAGUGGAACAGGAUGGGAACGGACGAUACCUGCUUUAUUUGGGUGAACGGCCUACAGACGGGUCAAGUCCAGAUUCACCCAACAAGAGGCCAACAUCCUACCAGCCUCCUCUUCUUCAGUGUUCUGGGGAGCCCACCGUCUCAUCCAAGCACAGCCAUCUUGUAGACUUGACCCCAAGCCGGGCGCCCUUUCUGUACCCCCAUUCUGCCCUGUACUCCGCACUGUUAAUUGUAGCACAUGUUUUAAGAUAAACUGAGGUGAAACAGCUGUUUGUUCAGGUGCAGCUUUCUGACCCCGUCGGGAGGGCGGACACUCUUGGAUCCAAAAAAAGAUACAAAUGGCUUUGGUUUCUCAGUUGAGGACCCUGUAAAUAUCUUUCAAAUGUACGAGCAGGAAAGAGGCCAAACAUAAGCUUUGCCCUCGAGAAGGCUCAUCAACAUGAUUGGCCAGUGUGCUUUUACUCUUAAGGCCACGUGGGAGAA